AACAUUGGAAAUGAAAAACUGGCAUCUGAGAGAGUUUAGACAUGUAAGGAGUUAACUGUUCCAGGAAGAGGGGAGGACCGUUUCAACAGCACUUUGCUGAAGUGGAUUGGGAGGAGAAUUACAAUGUCACUUUGCUGAAGUGGAUUGGGAGGAGAAUUACAAUGUCACUUUGCUGAAGUGGAUUGGGAGGAGAAUUACAAUGUCACUUUGCUGAAGUGGAUUGGGAGGAGCAUUACAAUGUCACUUUCCUGAAAUGAAACUUAAGUAUACAGUGUAUUGAGUGCGGAAUAAACUCUCCCCAGCUCUUCAGAAAUAUCUAUGAAAUACACAGUCUGCUAUCUCACAGAAAAUACAAAGAUAUUACCCACAAACGCAUGCAGAUAUGGCCACCUCCAGUAGUCUCCUGUGCUCUAUCUGUCUGGAUGUACUGUAAUCCCAGAGGAAGGCUGAAUAACUCAUUAAAGAGCUGGAGCAGGAAACCACUGAGCUAAAGAGAAGAAGCACUGAGCUGGAGCAACUCUCACACACUGAGGAUGACCUAAACCUCCUCCAGAGCUUCACAUCCCAGUGCAGCCCUCCACUUACCAAGGACAGUGAUCUGUAUGUGGGGAUUGUGAGGAGAGCCGUGUCUCAGCUAGAAGAGACAGUCAUGAGUGAGAUGAAGAGGUUGUUUGAUGAUGAGGUGAAGAGGAUUCAGCAGUAUAGAGUGGAUGUUAUUCUGGACCCUGAUACAGCAAGCCCCUGGCUCAUUCUGUCUAAGAAUGGGAAAGAAGUGAGAACUGGAGAAAAAAAACAGAAGCUCCCUGAUAACCCAAAGAGGUUUGAUUCUGCCGUUAAUGUCUUGGGAAAGAAAGGCUUCUCCUCAGGGAGAUUCUACUAUGAGGUAACUGUUACAGGGAAGACUGAGUGGAAUUUAGGAGUGGCCAGAGAGUCUAUCAACAGAAAGGGGACUGUCGCAUUAAGCCCUGAUAAUGGACGCUGGGCAGUGAUCCUGAGGGAUGGGAGUAAGUACAUAGCUUGUGCCCCGACCCGUGUCCACCUCUGCAUGAAAGAGAAGCCCCAGAAGGUGGGGGUGUUUGUGGAUUAUGAGGAGGGGCUGGUCUCUUUUUAUGAUGUGGAGGCCAGGUCUCAUAUCUACUCUUUCACUGGCUGCACCUUCACUGAGAAACUAUAUCCAUACUUCAGCCCUUUGCUCAAUGAUGGUGGUAAAAACUCUACUCCUCUAAUCAUCUCUCCUGUCAAUCACACAGACUGAGUUUGAACCUGAAAUGAACUGACCUGUCAAAUUAGUACCUCAAUUAGAGUUCACUCUUUCAUAAAACACCAGGGAGAAUAUUUCACUGUAGUUUAUUAACUGAUGUUUGUUAUUAUUAUUUGACUUCUAAAAGAACAAUCCUUUAUCUGAUCGUAACGGAGCACUGGGCCGGCCACUCUUCAAUAUCACCUGGGCCAACACCUUCCCACUAAUGAGAUGACAACCCAGCACAGGUGUAACAUACUGAGUAAUGAGGGGACACCAAUCAGUGCGCCCCACGCGCCAACGUCCAACCUCUAAAUAUACAUGGAAAAACCAAAGCCUAUAAAUAACAUUGUCAGUCUGUUAGACAUGAUGAGUGCAGAAUGCAGCAGCAAUGUAACAGUUGACCUGUAUUACCAAUAUCUCAGACUGGAGGGCCUAUUUUUGAUUAAACUUGGUUGUAUGAUGUG